UGCUCGGAAGUUAUGGCGGAAGUUGUUCGCUGACUGGAAUUCAAUUGCUCGAAGCCGAGCGGAGGUAAUGCUGCUGUAUCUGUAAACGCUAAUUUUUGAGUCAACCGCACCUGCUACCGGAAGUCUUGCCUCUCCUUCGUGAUCAUUGGUGCCUCUGGGGAAUUUGCGCUCACUGAUUGGACGGCCACGCUAUCGAUCAUCCAAGGGGCGGGACGGUUGGCGCAGUUAAGUCUAUCUUCACCCAAACCUCAGUCCUGACCAACACGCCUCAUUCCUGAUGAAGAGCUUAUGCCUGAAACUUUGAUUCUUCUGCUCCUCGGAUGCUGCGUGACCUGAUGUGCUUUUCCAGCACUACACUCUCGAUGCUGAAUUGUGAUUGAUGCUGAACGUUGUACUGCCAGCAGCGAACAACCCACCUCUGAUCCUACUGGAGGAAGGUCUUUGAUGAAGCAGCUGAAGAUACUACCCUGAGUAACUUCUGCAUUGCUGUAGUGGAGCUGAGAUGACUGACUUCCAACGACCACAACUGCCAUUUUAUGUACCAGCACAGCACUUUGAAAAUGGAUAUAGAAGACUGCAAUGGUCGUGGUUACAUUUCAGGGAGUGGUGACUCUUCAAUGGACAAAGAGUUCUCUGGGGCAAUGGUGGGCCCCACUGUGAGCACACCAAACAGCCAGCACUCUUCACCCAGCCGUUCUUUGAGUGCCAACUCCAUCAAGGUUGAGAUGUACAGCGAUCAAGAGGCAGGGAGGCUUCUGACACAGGAGGAUGGCGCUAGUGAUAAAGAUGAAGCAGUCAUUGUGGAUGUGUCUUUUUCGGACCCGCUAGGAUUCUUUGAGGGCACGGGGCAGGGACCUCAUUCUCCUGGAGGGAUUCGCCUUCCUAAUGGAAAACUGAAGUGUGAUCUAUGCGGAAUGGUCUGCAUCGGACCGAAUGUUCUUAUGGUACAUAAGAGGAGCCAUACUGGUGAACGCCCUUUUCAUUGUAACCAGUGUGGCGCCUCAUUCACGCAGAAAGGAAAUCUCCUGCGGCACAUCAAAUUACACUCUGGGGAGAAGCCUUUUAAAUGUCCAUUCUGCAAUUAUGCCUGUCGAAGAAGGGAUGCACUCAGCGGACAUCUCCGAACGCAUGCAGUCUCCUCUCCCACGGUUGGCAAGCCUUACAAAUGUAAUUACUGUGGUCGGAGUUACAAGCAGCAGAGUUCACUGGAGGAGCACAAGGAGCGCUGUCACAACUACCUACAGAGUCUGAAUGCUGAGCCACCACAGCCAUCUACUCAGCAAGGGGAGGAGAACCGUGACAUGGAUGUGAUGCCUGACCAUAUCCUUCAGCCAGCCCCUGACAGGCCUUCUUUUAUAGAUAGGCUUGCUAACACCAUUGCAAAACGAAAAAGAUCUACUCCGCAGAAAUUUGUGGGUGAUAAACACAUACGCCUCAACCUAACUGAUGUUCACUUUGAGGUGAACUCCAAUUUUGAGAAGGAUGUAGAGAUGAUGGCUCCUCACCCCAUGGACCAGAAUUUGGGCAGUGCACUGUCCUAUCUAGGAACAGAAGCAAUGAGGCCUCCAAGACUCCCCAUGACAAGUUGCACACCGGAGAUCACACCAGUGAUCAGUGCUGUCUACUCCCAUGUACAUCCCAUCCACAGCCGAGCUGAGGCACAGGGAAGUCGAGAGGCAGCAGAAGGUCACGAAGAUAUGCCGGAACAUCUGAAUUCUAGAGCAAAAAACCAACUGGUAGAGCUUGGAGUGUCUCCAAGCAAUGGCUGCCAUGAUUCCACAGAUACAGAAAGCAGCCAUGAAGACAGGAAUACCCAAACUUUCCCCAGUAACUAUGCCAUAAGGCAAAGCCCGGCCUAUUCCAAAGAGGACCCAAAGGCACAGGAGCCCCCAUCAUCUGCCAAAGCAGCUCAAAGCUCAGCCAAAGAGGUCCUAAGAGUCUUAAAUGAAGAUGGAGAACAAGUUAAGGCUUAUAAGUGUAACCACUGCCGGGUUCUCUUUCUUGACCACGUAAUGUUUACCAUUCACAUGGGUUGCCAUGGAUUCAGAGACCCUUUUGAAUGCAACAUCUGCGGCCAUCACAGCCAGGAUCGGUACGAAUUCUCCUCACACAUUGUCAGAGGAGAGCACAAAGUGAGUUAGAGAGGGCCAUAUGGACUACAGUUUUCUACGCCCCUUGCUCUGGCUUCAUCUAAAGAAGGAGGUGUUCUUACUAGGGUUGGACAAGGUAAUUGUUUUCAGGGAUUAAUCUACAGAAUAAACUGGGGUUAAAUUUGGCUCUGUUUUUAAAAUUAAAACUAAAUAUUCCCCAUCUGGAAUUUUUUUGUUGCAUCUUUUGACCCAAAGAUGCUAACCUUAAAUUUAUUUAGUUGAGCUCUGGUGGAAAGGAGCAAUGAAUAUUUCUAGGAACCCAAUUUUACAGUUGAUGCCAGUUAAUGAAGAUUUGGAUUAAGGUACUUUUUUUGUUG